AUGGCUUUCAAGAAUGUUGAUUACUCUCUUUAUCUCGUGACAGACUCUACAUCUGCUAUUCUUGGUAAUAGAGAUCUUGUUGAUGUAGUAGAGGCCGCUAUCCGUGGGGGUGUUACUAUUGUGCAAUAUCGAGACAAAUUCAGCGACACAGCUGCUCUCGUUACUACUGCAAGGAAAUUACAUACUGUCACACAAAAAUACAAAGUUCCACUUCUAAUCAAUGAUCGAAUCGACGUUGCUCUUGCCAUUGGGUGCGAAGGUGUACAUAUUGGUCAGGAUGAUAUGGAUCUAAAAACGGCGAGGAUACUAUUGGGUGAGGAUGCAAUUAUUGGAGUAACAGUAUCUAGUGUUGAGGAGGCUAUGAUAGCAUCUGAACAUGGCGCAGAUUAUUUGGGAAUUGGCACCAUGUUCGCCACACCAACGAAAACCAACACCAAAGAUAUCAUUGGAACUGCUGGCACGAAGGAGAUUCUUCAUUCUUUGCAGCAGUCAGGAAGCAAAGUCCACACUGUAGCUAUAGGUGGAAUUAAUUCAUUGAAUCUGCAGCGUGUUUUGUAUCAGUCAGCAGCAGAGGGAAAGCAGCUUGACGGCGUGGCUAUCGUCAGUGCCAUAAUAACAGCACAAGACGUUGAAACGGCUGCUAGCGAGCUUGCCGAGCUUAUUCGAACUCCGGCUCCAUUUGCUUCAGCACAUAUCCCGAAUGAUCAGACGAAGAAAGACCCCUGCGAUCUCUUAUUACAGGUUCCAGGCGUCAUAGGACAAGUUGCUAAGAGGACGCCCUUAUCUCACAACAUGACGAAUCUUGUGGUACAGAACUUCGCGGCCAAUGUGGCUCUGGCAAUAGGUGCGUCACCUAUUAUGGCAAAUUAUGGAGAAGAGGCUCCAGGCCUUGCAAGUCUGGGAGGGGGUUUGGUCAUUAACAUGGGAACGGUUACCCCCGAGGGUAUAGAGAAUUACUCAAAGGCUCUAAAGGCGUACAACAGAGAGGGAGGUCCAGUUGUACUCGACCCAGUCGGCUGUGGGGCCACUGCUGUAAGGCGCUCGGCAGUUAAAACACUUCUAGGUGCUGGUUACUUCGAUGUCAUCAAAGGAAAUGAGGGAGAAAUCAAGACCGUGUCAGGAUCAUCUAUUCAGCAACGAGGCGUGGACAGUGGCGCGAGCACGUCGAGUCUCACGGAGAAAGCAACAAUAGUGCGUGAUUUGGCAUUGAGGGAGCGGAAUGUGGUACUGAUGACUGGAGCGGUUGAUAUUUUGAGUGACGGAUUACGUACUUUCGCAAUAAAAAAUGGCCAUGAAAUCCUAGGUAGGAUUACGGGAAGCGGCUGUGUUUUAGGUACCAUCAUCUCAGCAAUGUUGGCUGUCAAUCGUGGAGAUAAGCUUCUCGCUGUAUUAUCAGCAUUGCUUCACUAUGAGAUUGCAGCUGAGACAGCAGCUGUACGUGAUGAUGUGAGAGGUCCGGGUACUUUUGUUCCAGCGCUGAUUGAUGAAUUAUACAUCUUACAGAAAGCAAACUCGGGAGGUGAUUUGCGAUGGCUUGAAAAGGCCAGAGUUGAAGCCAUACUAUAG